AUGGCCAGCCCCGCUAUCAUGGAAAAGCUGGAGGAUCCUAUCGUGGCAAAGAUCGAGCAGCUCGACCGCCAUGGGUACCUUUUUGGUCAGAAAAUCACACAUUCCCUGUCACCUCUCCUGCACAGCACCAUCUACGAAGGGAUCGGUCUGAAAUGGGAGCAAAUGCGACUGGACUCGGCCGACAUGGCACUGUUCCUGGAACUCAUCAAGCACCCCAAGUUCUACGGCAGCUCCGUCACCAUGCCUAACAAGGUCGCCAUCAUCCCGCACCUUGACGAGCUGACGGAUGAGUGCCGCGACGUCGGCGCCUGCAACACCCUCUUCAUCAGAGAACGUGACGGCAAGCGGAUAUACUGCGGCACCAACACGGACGUCAUCGGCGUGCGUGAGUCCUUCGUCCAAAACGUCGCUGACCCGGACGCCAUCUACCACAACAAGCCCGCCCUCGUCAUUGGCGGCGGCGGUGCCGCUCGCAGUGCCGUCUACGCCCUGCGCAAGUGGAUGAAGGCCACCGACAUCUACCUCGUCAACCGCGACAAGAGCGAGGUCGACGCCGUUAUCGCAGAGUGCACGUCGCGGGGCUAUGGAGACAACAUGUACCACGUCUCCACCGUCCAGGAGGCGACGGAGCUUGACGCCCCCGGCGCCAUCGUUGCCUGCGUCCCCAACUUCCCUCCCAAGACCCCCGAGGAGAUUGUGGCCCGUGAGAUUAUCGUCGAGUUCCUGUCAAAGGACCGCAAGGGCGCCAUCCUCGAGAUGUGCUACAACCCUACCCCCUUCACUGAGAUUGCCGCCCUUGCGGAGGACGCUGGCUGGCAAGUCAUCCUUGGCACCGAGGCCAUGAUUUACCAGGGCUUGGAACAGGACCGUUACUGGACUGGCAAGGAGGUUGACCAAUUGCCCGUUCAGGCAGUAAAGGAGGUGAUUGCGGCCAAGCUGUCACAACAUUCAAAAUUGUAA